AUGGCCAAGAUACCAAGAUGCCAACCCACCAACACCAAUGCCUCCCUCCCCUGGGUUGCCGAUCGCCCGCAAAAACACGGCAGACGGCCGGCUCUGCCUCCCACGCCAAGUCGCCGCAAGAAGGGCUUGGCCGUGCCUCCUCUUAUCUCUGCUCCCCCAGCCCAAGGGGCUGAGUGA